AAUCAGCUGUGUGUCGUCGUAGCAGCCUACUCCCACACAUGCCAGCUCCAUUAUACUCUGCCCACAAACGAGGUAUAGCGAGGCGCUCCUCGUCGUACCUGCAGUCCUGGUAUCUCCGCGAACACCGACAAAACGCGCUCGCACGAAUCGCGCGCACCGACGGCAAGUAGAGAGAGAGAAAGAGCAGAGAACGAUACCAACGCCGCGCGGGUACUGCUAUUACUAUAUACUUGUUUUGCUCGUCACCUGCAGAGAGAACUCGCCUAUAUAUCGAGGGUGGCACCGUCGUGUCUUCUGCGUCGUGCGUGUGUGUUGUGUCGUUGCUAGACGUUUCCAAUACACAUAUACGAGUGAAUCGUAUCUUCGACGUUAUCGCGAGUAUUGUCCUUAUCAGCAGCAGCGACGAGUUUUAUAUAUAGCCGCAGGUGUCCAUUGCGCUGGGACAGAAACGGAGCAUUUUGUUUUGGCUCGUCGUCGCCGUGAUAUCCUGGUCGUCUGCUGAGACUCUUGUUGACAGGAUACUGAGGCCAGUUUAGUUUAUGUAGCACGGACUGGCUGCUCAGCUCUUCACAACAAGCUAGGAAUCAUGUCGUUCUUCGGAGUCAAUGUUACCAAUCCGUUCACCUCACCGGUGGGACAGAGGAUAGAACAAGCUACCGAUGCAAAUUUACCCAGCGAGAACUGGGCUCUUAAUAUGGAAAUAUGCGACAUCAUCAAUGAGACGGAAGAUGGGCCUAGAGAUGCUAUUAAGGCUAUUAAGCGCAGAUUGAAUCAGGCUGCUGGCAAAAACUACACCAUUGUUAUGUACACUUUAACCGUCCUUGAAACAUGUGUAAAAAACUGCGGCAAGCGUUUUCAUGCACUAGCAUGCUCCAGAGAAUUUGUGCAAGAAUUGGUUAAGCUCAUAGGACCAAAGAAUGAGCCACCAAUAGCUGUACAGGAAAAAGUACUUAAUCUUAUACAAACAUGGGCUGACACAUUCCGAAAUCAGCCCCACACACAGGGUGUUGUACAGGUGUAUCAGGAACUCAAGACCAAAGGAAUUGAAUUUCCCAUGACUGAUUUGGAUGCUAUGGCUCCUAUCAUUACUCCUGAAAGGAGCGUGCCAGAAUUAGAAGCAGCAGCAGCGGCGGCGGCGGCGGCGGCAGCAGCAGCUGGGGCAGUCGCUCCGACCUCAUCCUCGUCAUCGGCCGCGGCAGCGGUGGCAACAGGAGGGGCCACGUCGCGUCCAGGAAGCGGAGCGACUUGUCGUCUGCCUCAGCAGCCGAUACAGUUGAACGAGUCGCAGAUGGCGAAGCUCCGCAGUGAACUCGACGUGGUUCACGGAAACAUGCGUGUGCUCUCGGAGAUGCUGGCCGCGCACUCGGCUGGACUCCAGGAGAAGGCGUCCGAGAGGGCGAUCGCCGAAGAUAUGGAGCUGCUUACGGAGCUUCACAAUACAUGCAAGGCGAUGCAGGAGCGCGUAGUGGAGCUGAUUGGCAAGCUGGCGCACGACGAGCUGACGGCCGAGCUGCUCCAAAUCAACGACGAGAUGAACAACCUGUUCCUGCGCUACACGCGCUUCAGCAAGAAUAAGACUAUGCCGGCGAGCGCCUUGGUAGCUCAGGCCAUCGGCGCAACCGGCUCCGGAGGCAUGAGCGCUGCUGCAAGAGCUAAGAAACUUGAGGCAGGAGACUCGCUGAUUGAUUUGUCGGAUGAUGAAGGAGAGGCUGCUGGCGCUGCUGCGUUGCCCGUCAAGUCCCUCGAGAAGCGCGUUGCGAAUAUGGACAUUGGAGAUGAUGGAAAAUCGCGGCGCAAGGACGGAGAAAAGGAUGAGUUUGACGCAUUCGCACAGUCGAGAACUGCAAGCUUUGAUGCUGCUAAAAACAGGCAAGAAUUGAGAGGUAGCGAUGAAGAAGAAGGGGCUAGUGCAGCACGUACGAAAAAUUUGAUGCAGACCGAUAAAACAGUCACGUCAUCGGAAUUCGACCGAUUCCUGGCUGAGCGCACCGCUGCGGUAGCCAGUGAAGUAGCUGCAGGCGGCAACGCGGCUGCAGCUGCAGCGGCAGGCGCUACUGGUGCCAGCAGUACCGGCACUGCUGGUGCGACGAUUCAGCGUCAGAUCGACAAGGAGGAGGACAAAUCCCUUUUUGCCCUGUAAAUGGGGCAAUCAGUAUGUCGCCUGGGCGCGCACGCUUUCACUCUAUCUUUCUUCUCUUUCUCUUAGCUUGUAAAGAACUUUAUGCUUUACGUCAACACGGAUCGUUUUUUAUGAGAAAAACUGGAUCAUUACUUAAGCGUUGUGGCAUGUGUGCGGUUGAGCAGCUUAGUUUUUUGGCUGGUAAGAAAACAGGAUAGAAUUUUGCGUUGCGGCCGUAGAGCUUAGGUUGUAAGAAUCAAUUCAUUUUUAUAUUAGUUUUAAACGACGCUAUUUUCUCGCGUUCCUUAUUUUAUUUUGUUAAAACUAAACUGCUCAAUCAUUAUUUUUAACAUUAUUAUGAAUAUAUUUGCGAAUCACAGAUACAUUCAGCGUGACUAUACUGGUGAGACAUGAGGAUGAGGAGAUUUUAUUCUGUAGCUACAAGAGCAAAGGUUAAUGAUGUUACUCGUGGAUUGUACGUAAUUGUGCGUGAAUUUCGUCGGCACGGUAAAAUAAGGACGUCAAGUGUUGCGAUUUUGUUAAAUGUUAACAUAUAAUUCAAUGAAAUCAAUUUUACGUCGACGAGUUACGUAGUCGUAUGUACAUAUUAUUAUAUUGUAUCAUUAUAUUGGGACAAUUUAAGCAUGUAUUAUAAUGUGUGAUCAAUCUAUUUUUAUUUCCGAAUGGGGUGCAAGUUCUGCAAAGUUUACCAAAAUUAUAGUAUUAUGUUAGUGUUACGAAAUCCUAAGUCAACUAAACAGAACUAUCUACUUUCCCCUGAAUUUGCCAUUGAUUGGAAUAAAUCAAAUUUUAUCGCCCUGUAUCGAGAUUAUGAUAUACAAAUAUAAUUAUUAUCCUUGUGAAGAAAUUCAUGAAAACAAUGACGUAUAAUCAUAUGCAAUGUUUUCCCCCCAAGAAUUUUGUUAUCCUAUAUUUUAGCUAUGACUAUGCUUUAAAAAUGGAACAUUUAAUUUUUUAUUCAAUUUUAUUUUCGAAGCAUUUUAAUAUCUUUUGUUUAAAGGGUGAGCUCUUUUAAUGUAAAAAUACACUUACAACGUAAUGCUUGAUUAUAUUUUCACUUGAAAUUGUUUUUUAUUCGGAUGGUAAUUUUCAUAGUUUUGCUGUAUGUGAACAACUUGAAGUUGAAAAUUGAUGACAAAAUCUAAUGUUUUUCUUAAUUUGAUUUCAAGCUGUACUGCAUAUACUAGUAUAAACUAUCGUAAGAGAAAUUAUUCAUUACAUAUUUUUAAUUUAAACGGCUUUUUUCUUUUAACAGUACUAAGCUUUAUGUUAGUAAAAUUUUUUGUUUUAAUUUUUGUAGUUAAAUCAUGUAAGGUUAUUCAACUACAUGACUAGUAUCCAAGUAGUCGCAUUUCUCUAGCAUUUAGGUCGCCGUUUACCACAAGUUUUUUUGAUGGUAUGUUGUUAUUAUUAUCUUUAUUAAAAUAUUUAAUUUGUUAAAGAUAUUUGUAUAUUAAAUGUAGACAGCAAAGUAGUUUCGAAGAAGAAUACCGUGUAAAGAAUGGAUUACAUUAAUGUAAACGAAAUUUGUUUGAGUUGUAUACACUUGAAUUAUGUACGGAAAAUCUAUUGCAGGAUAAAUUUUUUGUUUAUAAAACAUUUUUUUUUUUAAGAGUACUUAUUUUAUUAUUUGUAAAAUAUUUAUUACUCGAGUUCCGAACUAAAUAUUGAUUUCAUGAUGAUCGUAAAAAGUUAUUAUAUGUUUAAAUCAGGUUUUUUGUAACUAUAGACGUUUCGAGUAAAUGAAAGUAUUGUCUGUACGCGAACAUUACAAACCCAAGUUCACGACUAAUAAAUUUGCAAAAAAUACUGCAUAACACACACGACAUCGAGAAUGUGUAAGGUACAUUUGUAAACAUGUAUGAUUAUAUAAAGAAAAAAUGACUUUACUUUCUUUAAACAUGUUGAACAAAAAUAGUAAAAAUUAUGAAGAUCAUGUCUGUAAAAUGGCGAAUACUAUUAUACGUACAUAUACCUAAUGGUAUUUUUUGAAAUAAAAAAAGUAUAUAGAAAUUAUAAAAUUCGAGUACGCAAGAUGACCCUUGAUUCUUACGCACUUGUACAGCAGCAAGUAUUUCAUAUAAUAUAGAUAAUCCUUCUUUUUCGUAUAAACUGGAGAUAACGAGAAAAUUAAUAAAUUAUUGUUGUUGUUUUAAAACACACUAA